CCUCUGGGAAGGGAGUGUUCUCCUGGCUGCUGCAAAGUUAACCUGCCGCUGUUGCUUUAGGCGCGAGAGGAAGCGGCGCAAGGGCGAGAAGGAAGGCGGCCAGCUGAGCCCAGCCAGACCAGGGCGCCGAGCGGUUCGCUGCGGCAGCGCUCGAGAAGGAGCGGGCAGGAGGCGAGGGCGCAUGCAGCAGGGCUCCAGCUCCGCUCCGGCGGCGCACAAUGGACGACGAAAGCAUCAAGAGGUGCCCCCAACCACCUGAAGCAGAUGGAGAUAAGGACCAGCGGACAGUGACCAUCAAUCCUUGUCACAUGGGAAAGGCAUUCAAAGUCAUGAAUGAAUUAAGGAGCAAGCGGCUUCUUUGUGAUGUGGUAAUUGUUGCUGAAGACAUAGAAAUUGAAGCCCACCGUAUUGUCCUAGCAGCUUGCAGUCCAUAUUUCUGUGCAAUGUUUACAGGAGAUAUGAGUGAAAGCAAAGCAAAGAAGAUUGAGAUCAAAGACGUUGAUGGACUAACCUUAAGCAAAUUAAUUGAUUAUAUCUACACAGCAGAGGUAGAGGUCACAGAAGAGAAUGUCCAGGUUUUACUGCCAGCUGCCAGCCUAUUACAGCUGAUGGAUGUUCGACAGAACUGUUGUGACUUUCUUCAGUCUCAGCUCCACCCCACAAAUUGCCUUGGAAUUCGCGCCUUUGCAGAUGUGCACACCUGCACAGAAUUAUUGCAACAGGCCAAUGCCUAUGCAGAGCAGCAUUUUCCUGAGGUGAUGCUUGGUGAAGAAUUUCUUAGCCUAAGCCUGGACCAGGUUUGCAGCUUGAUAUCGAGUGACAAACUCACAGUGUCAUCAGAGGAAAAGGUCUUUGAAGCUGUCAUUUCUUGGAUAAACUAUGACAAAGAAUCUCGCUUGGAACACAUGGCAAAGCUGAUGGAGCAUGUUCGUCUUCCUCUCUUGCCCAGAGAUUACCUUGUACAGACAGUUGAAGAAGAAGCUUUAAUCAAGAAUAAUAAUACAUGUAAAGACUUCCUCAUUGAAGCCAUGAAAUAUCACUUACUUCCUCUGGAUCAGAGACAGCUGAUAAAAAAUCCUAGAACCAAACCAAGGACACCAGUCAGUCUGCCAAAGAUAAUGAUUGUAGUGGGUGGGCAGGCACCAAAAGCCAUUCGAAGUGUAGAGUGUUAUGACUUUGAGGAGGAGCGAUGGGAUCAGAUUGCUGAACUUCCUUCUCGGAGAUGUAGAGCAGGGGUGGUAUUCAUGGCAGGCAAGGUCUAUGCAGUGGGAGGUUUCAAUGGCUCCUUGCGAGUUCGAACAGUUGAUGUGUAUGAUGCCGUGAAAGAUCAAUGGACAUCUAUAGCUAGUAUGCAAGAAAGACGAAGCACUUUAGGGGCUGCCGUGCUCAAUGAGCUCCUGUAUGCUGUUGGUGGAUUUGAUGGAAGCACUGGCCUGGCAUCUGUGGAGGCUUAUAAUUAUAAGAUCAAUGAAUGGUUUUUUGUGGCACCUAUGAACACAAGAAGAAGCAGUGUUGGAGUUGGAGUUGUAGAGGGUAAACUGUAUGCUGUUGGUGGCUAUGAUGGAGCAUCACGUCAGUGCCUUAGUACUGUGGAGCAGUAUAAUCCAGCUACAAAUGAAUGGUCUUAUGUUUCAGAUAUGAGUACUCGGCGCAGUGGUGCAGGUGUUGGUGUUCUUAGUGGCCAGCUGUUUGCUACUGGAGGUCAUGAUGGUCCUUUGGUGAGGAAAAGUGUGGAAGUAUAUGAUCCCGGAACAAAUACAUGGAAACAAGUAGCAGAUAUGAAUAUGUGUAGAAGAAAUGCAGGUGUGUGUGCAGUGAAUGGACUUCUCUAUGUAGUUGGGGGAGAUGAUGGGUCUUGCAAUUUGGCCUCUGUAGAAUACUAUAAUCCUGUCACUGACAAGUGGACCUUAUUACCGAGCAACAUGAGCACUGGAAGAAGUUAUGCAGGUGUAGCUGUGAUCCAUAAACCGUUGUGACACCCAUUUGCGUGAAUGCAAAGCAAGAAAAGAUGUCUGUCUAGCUUGAUGUGUUUUGGAAGAUACCGAUGGGGGACUCUUAAUUGCCAUACUAACACUGCACCUCUAGCCUGACAAGCAUAUACUAAGAGCAUCACCUUCUGCUCAACAAUGGGCAGAGCAGCAAUGUGAACAUGCCACUGCUGGGAACAAAUUCCAGAAAUAAGGUGUUGCUUAUUUUGUGGGUGUUCUGUCCUGUCUUUGUGUGAGCUGUUUUAUGUACAGCCAGGAUUGAGAUUGAAGUGAAUUUCUCAAGAGAGAGGAAAUGUUUCUCUACAGCAUGUGACUGGGAGAAACUUUUUUAGAGUACUUUGCUACUGACAGUGAAUAAGUAUUAGACAUAAUUUUUUACUUGCUUAUAAUAAGUACUUAAUUAAACCUACAGACACUAGAAAUUUCAAAAUACCCAUAAAAAACUGUCCGGGAAGCAGGCCAGAAGUUUAUUUGCUGUAUUGUAUCCAUUCUGUGUACAUAUCCUACUUGACUAACUGUAAAUGUAUAAUUUUGGGUGCUGGAAGUAUCCACUGUAUGACUUUCUCUUGAGGCAAAAACCCACAUUCAUCAAAUUGGUUUGAUGAGCCAAGUAGUGUCUUUCUCUGAGGUUCAAAUACCCAAAUACCAGUAACACCUUUGAAAUGCAGUGUUCUCGAGGGACCUACUGCUUUUUGAACAGACACUUUUCCUCAAGUUUGACUUUUCAGUGGAGUGGUGGGGGAAUAUAAUACUUUUGUGGCAACAACUGAAAAACCAAUCAGAAAAUGCAAGCUGGACCUGCAGUCUGUUUUUGGUAUUAUGAUAUCGUUUCAUCUUGUAGCAUGAUGGAAAAUACGCCACCAAAUUCCAGAGAACCUUGGAACUUUGUGAUGGUUUGGGGUUUUCAGGUGGGACCAUAAGCCACUUCAGGAACAGGAGCAGUAGCAUGCCUGGAUGAUAAGGUACUGCCAAGUAGAAGGGCUAAGGGAAUUUUGGGCAAGGCUUUCUGUGGAAAUGGAUCUUCAGAAGAGCAGGUGGGAUGUCAAGAAGACUGGAAAAAUCAUCUAGCAAAUCCCAGCUAAGCUUUGAUUUGAAGAACUGGAUUCCUGCAUAUACCUCUCAUGCAUCUGGCCAUUCACCAUCAGUUGCCCAAGAUAUUUAAAACUUUUAAGUGUCUUCCACCCCAUCAUUGUUUAAUUCUUCCAGCUAGAGCUAUCCUUUUAAAUGUUAUCCAUACUUUCAUUGUUCUAUGUGUAAAAAAGUCAUUUGGAGUUAAUUUACUCUAAAAAGGAAAGGUAAGUGACUUCUCAGAGUAGGGAAAAUCAUCCAACUACAUGACUUGAUCUGUAUCUGAUUCUCUUCUAGCUGUUUUCUUAAUCAAAACUAUCAUCACAUGAAAAAUAAUUUUGUUGUUAGAAAUACGUUCUUAUAUCCUUACAACUUUUCUGUCAUAGCUAACAUUCCCCCAAAAACACAUAUUUUCCUGUUCUCCACUAUCGUCGUCUUUUCUGUUUUAUUUUGAUUUUUAAGGAAAGCACUUAACUCAUUUGUCAUUAGCUUUUCUGUCACUUAAAGCAACUGUGAAACAUUAGCAGUGAAGCAGAAAAUGCAAUUGAACAUAAUUUUCAGUAAGUGUUUUUAAAGGCAAGACUGGAUUAUUUCCUAUAAAGGACUUCUUCCCUUUAUUCUUUAAAAAACACCCUCUACAUCUUGCAGUUCCUUUUUGCAUACUGGCAGAAAUGGGACAGUAUCAAAGGGUAAGAAUGCACAUAGAGCAAUCCUAGCUGCUGUUUAAACCUUGAGCAGAACCUGAUUAUUGCCAGUUCAACCCACACCUUAAGGUAGAAUAUAGCAUUUUCUUCAUGUGUGUUUCUUCCUUUCUACCAAGGUAACCUGUCACUAAGGAAUUGUUUCUAAAGGUGGGCUGGAGAAGAACCGUUUUAUCAGUUGCAUUUCUGUACAGAGUGUGAGGGUCAAUGACAUACAGCUUCCUUUUCUCCACAUAGGAGUUCCAUCCAGAGACAUUGAAUACUGACCUCCUAUGGCAAAUCUCCAGUCCUUCCGAGGAAGAUUUGGGAAUGCUGUGGAGAUUUUGACAGGGCAUAGCCAGGAAGAGUGGCCUGGCUUGGAUGUUAAUGCUAAGCAAUAAUGGGUUGAGUUGACAUUUUUAUUUAGCCAAAAGCAAACAAAUCACAUCUUGUCUGAAAGUUAUAUGUGAACCAGGACUUUGCAUGUGAUGGCAGUGGACAACAUUCAAUGUUUUAUAAACAAAUAGAUGGUCACUUGUGGAACAGGAUUUAAACAUCCUGUUUUCUCACCACCACCUACACAAACCUUCCUGGAAGGUCUACUGGACACCACUGGUUUUUGCUCAAAAAUCUCUAGGGUUCUUGCCUUGAAUAUUCCUCCUCGUCAGACAAUAAAUCCUGUUGUGCUCAUUGGGGCAUACGUCUGGGUAGGAUUCUGUUAAUCUUGCCUGUAGCAGAUAUGAAUCACUCAACAGGUGGAAAAUGCUUCCUGUAAUCCCCAUGGUGAAGACUACAGCAUGUAGACCAUUCAAGUCAUUGAAAUACAACUGAGAUUUUUUUUUCCAUUGUUUUUGCUCUAUGAUGCUAAUUUUGGAAUUCCUAAAGUAGUAAGGCUAUAUUUACCUCAUUUGAUGAUGCAAGUAUUUUUCACAAAUGUAUAUGCAUUGAAAUCCAACUUUUUAUCAAAGCUACAAGCUACUUAUAUUCCACCACUGAUAGGCAAUGUAUUUUGCUGUCUAGCUGUGCUAUAAAGUGGCACCUAUGUUCCCAUAUGACAGCUGGGGGGAAAAUUACAAACUAGUGUGCUGGUUGUUCAUAAAUGGCAUUGGUUUCAGCUAAGAGCCACUUAACACCAGCAAAUGGUAUGUGUCACUCUUUCUGUGGGUAAACUUGCAGGGUUAAUGCAAGUCAAGUGACCUCAUUUCUCAGCUAUGCAAUAUUAAUAAUUGUGACACAACAACCAGCUGCAAUAGCCCUUUCAAAGCGCUUUUGAAAUAACUUUCAUUUGCACCAUGCCAAUUCUGAGCCACAGCCUUUCAAAGAUUGCCUUUUUAUAGGGCUUGAAAAUAUAGCUUUAGAGCUGGCAAAUUUAAAUGUAAUUAUUUUUGUAAGAUAAUUCUUAAUGAGUUCUUGGAUCUCUUUUGAUGUUGGUGGCAAUUAUGAUUAGUGUCUAAUCCUUACACCAUGGGCCCAAUUUUCACCAGCCAUUUAUUUAUGAUGGCUUAUGGAAAGGACACAAUCCUGCUCAAUGUUAAUUAACAGUGCACUGUUACCUCUGUGACUAAUAACAUUCUGAACUGAGACACACACAGACGUGCCCACAUGUUUACCUAUUCACUUUUUAAAAAAAUGUUAGGGUAUAUUGUGCUUCAUCUUGUGCAUCAGGAUUGUUUUACUUUUCUCUCUGGUUCUCUGUAUUAAUGAAACAUGCUCUGGAGCUAAAUGCAGAAGGCAAGUUUAGAAGUAAAGCUUCUUUCCAAGAUGGCUUUGAGAGCUGAUCUUUUUUCAAAUACCAUUCACCGAAGCUGUUGUGCAAUCUCUCAUCCAAAAGGUGGCUCAUUUGGCUGUGAGAUGAUCUUCCAUAAACCUGGUUUAGAGAUGCAAAACCUAAAAGCAAAUGCAAAAGACUUUUUAUGUCGCUGCUCAAUAUAUGCUCCCAAAUACAUUGCAGAUUUUCUUCCUUGGAAGCUGCUGCAGCAGAACCCCCCCCCCCCCGGUAUUUUAAAGUAAAUCAGUAUGAUGCCAACUUAAUGGGCAUGGAUGCGCUAUUUCCUCCUAACUUUUCAGUUGCUGUUGUGGUUCACUAGGCAUAACAACCGGGGUGCAAAACUCCAGAGUUUUCUGUGCGUCUCAACUGCCAUCUAGUGGCUGCCUGGGUUUUUUCCAAUCCAGAAAUCAAUGAUAAACCCAACUCCUUUGAUGUUUCAAACUUUGGAAUGUUCAGUAGCCGAGGAGUUUGCAAGCAGCUAGCUUAUUGGACGAGCUUAUGUCCAGAAGUUAAAUCACAAAGCACUACUGUAUUUAAAAUGUUUUCAGAACUAAGCGCUGUAUUUAUGCAGCAUGUGUAAAUGGAGCUAGUUUCUCUGUCCUAGUAUUAUGAAUUAGCUGCUAACUUUAUUUGAAUUUGGGUAUAAAUUGGCUUAAAUAAAGCUCAGACAGGUUAACUGGAUUUCAUUUUGUAUUUAACUAGCUUCAGCCAGAUACUAUUAUAUAUAUUUCAUAGAUCCUAAAUAGCACUGCAUGAUUAAGCAGUGAAAAGGGAAUUGUUUUAUUUUUUGCACUAUUUGUACACUGAAGACUUAGGAUAUUAUAUUAUUUACCUUUUCAAUCAAACAAUUGCACAUGUCCACUAUUUUAAUGGGCUUGUUUCCUGUUUAUGUGUAGGAGUCAAGACUGAUUUGAAGGCACUGAAAAAUAAAAAAAAAUAACGAUCCACAUUUGGAAUAUAACUGAAUUAACAGAUUUGGGGUAAUGUAAAGGGGCAGUUUGCCAGUAGCUCUUCCAGAAUAUUGUGUUUUUGAAAACAUGUAAUGAUUACAUUCAGUUGAAUUUCAGGCCGCCUUCUGUAGCCCAGUUUCUAACUGGAUUCCAUAGUUUGUUCUUAUCACCCCAAAUUAGAGUUUAAUCCUGGAUUAUGGAUAGAUGAUGGUUUGUUGCAAUGCAAAGGCAGGAGGGAGCCUGUAAGAUGCUGCUUGUGCAUAUAAUGUUUGGUUAAGGAUGACAUCUGAAUGUGCUCAUUAUGUGAUAAGUAUAGUAUAUAGUAUAAGAACCCAAAACUGUCUUUGUUUCCAGUAUCCUAAAUUAUUUUAUUUUCCUGCGUGGUAGCAAUAAAUGCUGUGAUGCUUAAUUUAUAAAUAUAUUGUAUAAGAUACCGUUUAAGACUAACAGAAGAUUGUAAAGGCAAAGCUUUUUUUUUUUUUUUUACAAAAAUAAACUAGACUGAGAUACAAUGUAGCUAUGAUCCUAUACUAUUUACAACACAAUCCUGUGCAUGUUUACUCAGAAGCAAGUUUCACUUUAAACAGUGGGAGUUAAUUCUAAAUAGAUGUGCACAAGAUUGCAGCCAUAAUUAAUUUAAUCAGUUUUUUCCCCCCAAUCAUAUUGGGGAACAUGACAUUGAUUUGUUAACUCUUUAUACGUGAUUACUGCUGUGGGACCAACUGGUUGGUGGUGCGAUUCUAUUCUCUCCCCCCCCCCUUUCUUUCAGCUUCAAGACUUCAUAAAAAUGUUAGCUUGUCAACAUGAAGUUCUGUGUAUUUUCUAGCACAUUGAAUUUUGGUUGAAUAAAGUUG